UGAAAUGUUUCAUUUGCUCACAUGCACACGCGCUCAAAAGCGCAAGGAGGCUGCAUGUGCUCUCGCGCGCUUGAGCGUGAAUAAAUGUAUCCAGCGUCAGAUUGGAAAUGAGCAAAGACUCGCCCGUAUUUUCUGUCGACGCUCCAUAAAUUCGUUUGCCCAAUAUCCCUGCCUUUAAUAAGUUUCUAGGCUGCCUGUCCCUUUAAACGACUCAUUUUUCUUUAAUCCUGAAUUGAUGGCUUAAACGCGGAGAUAGAGGAGGGUGCGCUAUAUUUAUCAGCUGCUAUAUUUUUAUUUUCCCACUGGCCUCAAGGUUCAUCAGUGAAGACGGAAAAUAAAUUACGCUUUGAUUUAUUAAAGCUUCCGAAGCCACUGAAUUCAUCGGUUUAGGAUGAAGAACCAUUAGGAGGAGUACACUUUUGCACACUACACAGGACUGGAAAACUGGAAAACUUGCGUCUCGCAUAGAAAAGCAACAUUUGGAAACAUGUCUGAUUAAAGUAACUAAAGAAACUGUCAUGAGGAUCAUGCAUUUUGUUCCAGUGAGGUGAAAGUGACCAUCACCGACAUGUAUGAGGAGAAAAGAAAAAGGAAUGGGUACUCCAAUGAGGAAGAGGAGGGUGGUGGCGAAGCAGAAGAGGAAGAGGAGGAGGAGGGAGGAAGAGGAGAAGCUGACGAGGGCACAGAGGAAAAGAAGGAUGGAUGGGAAGAGAACGAACAGCCGAAGAUGAACCGCACUGAAACGCUUAAUUCCACUACCAGCUCCACCGGAACACAAAAGAAAAAAAAUCAACACAUGAAAAAACAGGUCCAGGGUUCCAACCAAGUGCAACGGGCACCCAGAGCUCUUUUCUGCCUUAAACUAAACAACCCCAUUCGCAGGGCCGUUCUGCAUUUUGUAGAAUGGAAACCAUUUGAUAUCUUCAUUCUUCUGGCCAUUUUUGCUAACUGUGUGGCGUUGGGGGUCUCUAAGCCUUUUCCCGAAGAUGAUUCAAACGCCACAAACCAUGACCUAGAACAGGUUGAAUAUGUGUUUCUGAUCAUCUUCACUGUUGAGACCUUUCUGAAGAUACUGGCUUAUGGUCUCGUCAUGCAUCCGAGCUCCUAUAUCCGCAAUGGCUGGAAUUUACUUGACUUUGUCAUUGUCAUCGUAGGGCUGUUUAGUGUUGUCUUAGAGACUGUUACUAAUAAAUCAGGUGAAACUACUUCCCACAUCCCAGGGAAGCCAGGAGGUCUCGAUGUCAAAGCCCUCAGAGCCUUUAGGGUCCUACGACCCCUCAGACUGGUCUCAGGAGUGCCCAGCCUGCAGAUUGUGUUAAACUCUAUAAUGAAGGCAAUGGUUCCCCUAUUGCACAUCUCUCUGCUUGUCCUCUUUGUCAUCAUCAUCUACGCCAUCAUCGGACUGGAGCUCUUCAUCGGAAGAAUGCAUCGCACCUGCUAUUAUAUAGGCACAGAUAAUUACGCGGAUGAUGACCCACUUCCGUGUGCGUUUGCGGGUCACGGACGCCAGUGUAUCGUCAAUGGCUCUGAGUGCAGGGGAAAAUGGGAUGGGCCUAAUGGUGGCAUCACCAACUUUGAUAACUUCUUCUUUGCCAUGUUAACGGUGUUCCAGUGCAUCACAAUGGAGGGUUGGACAGAUGUCCUGUACUGGAUGAACGAUGCGAUUGGUUUUGAGCUGCCGUGGGUUUACUUUGUUAGCCUGGUCAUCUUUGGAUCCUUCUUUGUACUCAAUCUUGUGUUGGGUGUGCUUAGCGGAGAAUUUUCUAAGGAAAGAGAGAAGGCGAAAGCUCGAGGAGAUUUCCAGAAGCUCCGUGAGAAGCAGCAGAUGGAGGAAGAUCUGUGUGGAUAUAUGGACUGGAUCACCCAGGCUGAGGACAUUGAUGAGUUCGAUGAGGACGGGAAUAGACGUGAGAUCAACCCUAAGAUUCCUAACCUCAACCUCCCUUCCCUCAACCAUCAAGCUUGUAUUCAACCCAGGCUCACUAUAUGUGUGAGCUUACGUGAUCUCGCUGAUAAAAAGAGGGGGAAAUUCGGAUGGUUCAGCCACUCAAACGAGACCCACGCAAGUCUUCCAGCCAGCGAAACGGGUUCUGAGAACACUGAAAAUAUAGAUGAAGAACAUACUGAUUGUUGUGCUGCUUGCUGUGCUCGCAUCAUGAAGAUUUCAUGCUGUCGUACGCUGCGUCGCUGGAACCGUUGCAUUCGAAGGAACUGUCGUACAGCGGUGAAAUCAGUGACAUUUUAUUGGUUGGUUCUGAUCCUGGUGUUUCUUAACACAGCUCUGAGUGCCUCAGAACACUACAACCAACCAGAAUGGCUCACCGAUGUUCAGGACAGUGCCAAUAAGGUUCUCCUCUCUCUGUUCACGGUGGAGAUGUUAUUGAAGAUGUAUAGUCUGGGUUUGCAGGCGUAUUUUGUGGCGUUUUUCAAUCGUUUUGACUGUUUCGUGGUGUGUGGUGGGAUUCUGGAGACGGUGCUGGUGGAGAUGGAGAUCAUGCCUCCUCUGGGCAUCUCGGUGUUGCGCUGUGUACGCCUGCUUCGGAUCUUCAAGGUCACUCGCCAUUGGACAGCUCUGUCCAAUCUAGUGGCCUCGCUGCUGAAUUCAAUGAAGUCUAUCGCAUCCCUCUUGUUGCUGCUCUUCCUCUUCCUCAUCAUCUUCGCUCUGCUUGGCAUGCAGCUCUUCGGAGGGAAGUUUAACUUUGAUGAGACACAGACCAAGAGAAGCACAUUUGAUGCUUUCCCUCAGGCCCUUCUCACCUGUUUUCAGAUAUUAACAGGUGAAGACUGGAAUGUUGUGAUGUAUGAUGGCAUUAUGGCGUACGGAGGCCCUGUUUUCCCGGGAAUGAUUGUCUGUCUUUACUUUGUGAUUUUGUUCAUCUGUGGUAACUAUAUCCUGCUAAACGUUUUCUUGGCCAUCGCUGUCGACAACUUAGCCGGAGCCGAUGGAGAUGAUAAAAAGAAAAAAGAUAAAAAGGAAGAAGAACAUAAUGAAGAGGUGAAUGAAGAAGUAAAGGUGGACAUAGAUGAGUAUGAAGAAGAGGAAGAGCAUGAGGAGGUAGAUGAUGAAGAAGGGAAAACUCAGCUAAAUGUUGCUGACUUUGCUCCACCUAAAGAGAAAGUUCUGCCAAUCCCAGAGGGCAGUGCGUUCUUCUGCCUCAGCAAGACCAACCCGAUAAGAGUGGGCUGCCAUAUCCUCAUCCAUCAUCAUAUCUUCACUAAUCUCAUCCUGCUCUUCAUCAUCCUCAGCAGCAUCUCUCUGGCUGCAGAAGAUCCUAUCAGAGCUCACUCUUUUAGGAACAAUGUGCUGGGUUAUGCUGAUUAUGCUUUCACUUCUAUAUUUACUGUGGAGAUACUGCUAAAGAUGACAGUACAUGGCGCCUUCCUGCAUACGGGUUCCUUCUGUAGAAACUGGUUUAAUUUGUUGGAUCUUUUGGUGGUCAGUGUGUCUCUGGUCUCCUUCUUCUUACAUUCGAGUGCUAUCUCUGUAGUAAAGAUUUUAAGAGUGCUUAGGGUACUCAGACCUCUUCGAGCGAUCAACAGAGCCAAAGGACUUAAGCAUGUUGUGCAGUGUGUGUUUGUGGCCAUAAGGACCAUCGGGAACAUCAUGAUUGUCACCACCCUCCUGCAGUUCAUGUUCGCCUGUAUAGGCGUUCAGCUCUUUAAGGGGAAAUUUUAUCGGUGUACAGAUGAAGCCAAGAACACGCCGGAACAAUGCAAAGGCACAUUCGUUAUAUAUAAAGACGGGGAUGUGAGUAAUCCAAUGGUGAGAGAGAGGAUUUGGAUUAACAGUGACUUCAACUUCGAUAAUGUUCUGAUGGGAAUGAUGGCUCUGUUCACCGUCUCCACCUUCGAGGGCUGGCCAGCGCUGCUUUACAAAGCCAUUGAUGCCAACGCAGAGAAUCAUGGCCCCAUCUACAACUUUCGCGUAGAGAUAUCGAUAUUUUUCAUCGUAUACAUAAUCAUCAUCGCCUUCUUCAUGAUGAACAUCUUUGUGGGUUUUGUCAUCAUCACCUUCCGUGAGCAGGGAGAGGCAGAGUUCAAGAACUGCGAGCUGGACAAAAAUCAGAGAAAGUGUGUGGAAUAUGCUCUGAAGGCCCAGCCACUGAGGCUCUAUAUCCCCAAACACCCAGUUCAAUACAAGUUUUGGUCUAUAAUCAACUCAACAGGGUUCGAGUACAUCAUGUUUGUGUUGAUUCUUCUUAACACGGUCACUCUUGCUGUGCAGCAUUAUGACCAGUCAAAGCUCUUCAGCUACGUGAUGGACAUCCUCAAUAUGGUUUUUACUGGCCUUUUCACUGUGGAGAUGAUCAUUAAACUAAUGGCUCUCAGACUCAGGCAUUAUUUUGUGGAUGCAUGGAAUUCAUUUGAUGCUCUGAUCGUGGUUGGAAGUGUUUUGGACAUCGUGGUUACAGAGUUCAGCAGCUCAGAGGACAGCUCUCGUGUGUCAAUUACUUUCUUCCGUCUGUUUCGUGUAAUGCGAUUGGUCAAACUGCUGAGCAAGGGGGAGGGCAUUCGUACCCUGCUCUGGACUUUUGUGAAAUCACUCCAGGCCUUGCCAUAUGUAGCUCUUCUCAUUGCUAUGAUCUUCUUUAUCUAUGCUGUGAUUGGCAUGCAGACAUUCGGGAAGAUUGCCAUGCAAGACCACACACAGAUCAACAGAAACAAUAACUUUCAGACGUUCCCACAGGCUGUGCUGCUUCUUUUCAGGUGCGCCACAGGUGAGGCGUGGCAGGAGAUCAUGUUGGCCAGUCUCCCUGGAAAGCGCUGUGAUCCAGAAUCAGACUAUGAGCCUGGUGAAGAGUUCACUUGUGGCAGCAACUUUGCCAUUGUCUACUUUAUCAGUUUCUUCAUGCUCUGCGCCUUUCUGAUCAUCAAUCUGUUUGUUGCUGUCAUUAUGGAUAACUUUGACUAUCUGACGCGUGAUUGGUCAAUUCUUGGACCACAUCACCUGGAUGAAUUCAAAAGAAUUUGGUCAGAAUACGAUCCUGAAGCCAAGGGCCGUAUUAAGCACUUGGAUGUGGUGGCUUUACUCCGGAGGAUCCAGCCUCCUCUGGGAUUUGGGAAGCUUUGUCCUCACCGUGUGGCCUGCAAGAGGCUGGUUGCCAUGAACAUGCCCCUUAACAGCGAUGGUACGGUGACCUUUAAUGCCACCCUGUUCGCCCUGGUCAGAACUGCCCUGAAAAUUAAAACUGAUGGGAACCCAGAUCAAGAGAAUGAGGAAUUGAGAAUUAUCAUUAAAAAGAUCUGGAAACGGAUGAAACCUAAAAUCCUGGAUGAGGUUAUUCCACCCCCUGCUGAGGAGGAAGUGACCGUUGGUAAAUUUUACGCUACGUUCCUGAUCCAGGACUACUUCAGGAAAUUUCGCAAAAGAAAGGAGAAAGUGGGUCUGGGAGAAACAGAAUCUGGUAACCCCUCGGCUCUACAGGCCGGGCUGAGAACUCUGCAGGACCUGGGGCCAGAAAUGAGACUGGCCAUGAAUGAAGAUCUGGAAGAGGAAGAUGAAGGUCUGGAGGAGGAGCAAGAGGCAGAGGAUGCCUGUUAUAAGAGUGAAAAUGGUUAUGCAGGCCAUGCUGAGCCCAUAAGCAAAAGCCGUCGCUCCUCUCUGGCCAUGACUCCCACCGGCGUUCCGGUUUCUCUCUCAGGAGACAACAUGCUGAACGGAAGACUGGGGCGUAAGAGCUCUCUUGCAAAAACACAGAAUGGUAAUGGUGCUUUGGAGCACGAGAACGUCAGGAGAAGAGACAGUACACGAUCAUCUGUCCAUUACCAACACAAGAAUGGCCUGCUUGACCAGCUGCCUAGGAGACCAUCAUACUACAAGUACCCAAGGAGGGAAUCCAGGGACAGAUUCUCCUCCCCUCUCUCACGGAGAGAGGAAGGUGGUGUGUACCCUGGAGAGCAGCGCUUCUAUGGAAAAGAUGAAGACAGCGAGAGUGUCAUCUCAAGAGAAAGGCAUGGUUAUCCAGACGACAACCGUAUGUACCCAGGGCAUCGAGACAGGUAUGAUGGACACUCGAUGAGACCAUCUGUAUAUGGUAAUCAUUAUGGAAACAGUUCUGGAGACGUCAGGAGGACAGCUCGAAGACGCCUGCUGCCAGCCACACCUACGGGGAGGAAAGCUUCAUUUAAUAUACAGUGUUUGAGCAGGCAAGGUAGCAGUGAUGACCUGCCAAUCCCAGGAACAUACCAUCAGAACUCUCCUCCCUGCAGAGCACGUGCACAGGCAUACAACAGUUACGAUUCUCGUCGCAGCAGCACCAGAUCAUCCACGGGUUCAACGGCAUCAUGGGCAAACACUGGCUCUCGCCGAGGUCGACUCCUCUACGCUCCACUAAUUCUGGUAGAAGAAGAGGCCUCAGCAGGGGCUGUUAACAUGGGCCUCUGGGACAAAAAGAGCAGUGCUGCCGGAGUACCCGGGUCUGAUCGGCAGGGAUGGUAUUCGGGAUCCUCUAAUGGGGGAGGCGGGCAGCCGUACAGAGCCUACACCACGCUCAGAGUCCCCACCCAACUCAGUCCCCAUUACAGCGAGAAAAGAGGAAGCGCUGACAGCCUGGUUGAAGCGGUCUUGAUCUCUGAGGGUUUGGGCUUAUAUGCCAAGGACCCAAAAUUUGUAGCCUUUGCCAAGCGCGAGAUUGCAGACGCCUGUCAGAUGACCAUAGAUGAGAUGGAAAGUGCUGCUAGUGAUCUCCUGAGCCGUGGAGGCUCUGGGGAGAGUCAGGGAUUUCAAAAACACUCAGAGAUGGGACCCAUUUAUAGUGAUGAAGAGCCCAUCAGGAACCACGAGGAAGAAGACUUGGCUGAUGAGAUGACGUGUGUUACAUCUUUGUGAAUGACAGAAAAGAGAACCAAUCAGGAUGUUAGUGGGAGGAGCAACAGAAAUGCUGACAGGCAAAUCAAACCGUUCAUGCUGCUUUGAUUCAGAGAGGACAGUUGCAGAUGGUGGUUUUGCUUAGAUAUAUUGAAUUUAUGAGAAAGACCAGCAUUCAGUCACUCUGUCAGCAUGACAGUUUUACAUUCUCCAGAGGACUCUUUUUAUAAACAUGUUAUUACAUCGAACUUGUUUCAUAUUAUGCAAAU